CUAGGAAGAAGUUUACAUGGCUUGUAUUCUGCUCUGAAAACACGCACCAAAGUGGAAGUUAGUUAGAACCGUAUCUAUUGAAAGCAACCUUCUACCUUCUUUAUUCUCUUCAAUUUUCAUUGUAUUAAUUGAGGUUCUAAAUUCAUUCUCUCCUCACCAAAAACAAAAAUGGAUGUUGGGAGAGUCCAGGAAGUUGCUUCAUCUCUUCUUUUCUCCGGCACUCUCCCCUCCGAGUUUGUCCGACCAGAGACCGAACAGCCCGGAAUCACUACCGUCAAAGGCCAAGUCCUUGCUGUCCCUGUCAUUGAUUUCACCAACCCAGAUGACGAUUCUGUUCUCACAGCCAUUCACGACGCUUCUCUCAAUUGGGGCAUGUUUCAAAUCAUUAACCACCAGAUCCCAAAUGAAGUAAUAACCCAUUUGCAAGCCGUCGGGAAGGAAUUCUUCGAGCUCCGACCUGAAGAGAAAGAGAUAUACGCCAAACCCUCUGCUUCCAAAUCCGUCGAAGGCUACGGAACUAAGCUCGAAAAAGAAAUCGAUGGAAAAAGAGGCUGGGUCGACCAUUUGUUCCACAUCAUUUGGCCUCCUUCUUCCAUUAAUUACAAUUUCUGGCCUCAAAAUCCCCCUUCUUACAGGGUAGCGAAUGAAGAGUACAGAAAGAAUUUACAUGGGGUUGUGGAGAAGCUGUUCAGAAGCCUCUCGCUGGGUUUGGGGCUUGAAGGGCAUGAACUAAAAGAGCGAGUGGGUGGAGAUGAAUUGGUGUAUUUACUGAAAAUCAAUUACUAUCCGCCAUGUCCACGCCCUGAUCUGGCUCUUGGAGUCCCUGCUCAUACCGACAUGUCAGCCGUUACGAUUCUUGUGCCGAAUGAAGUUCAAGGACUUCAGGCGUUUAGAGAUGGGCAUUGGUAUGAUGUUAAUUACAUUCCUAAUGCUCUUGUCAUCCAUAUCGGAGAUCAAAUUGAGAUUCUGAGUAAUGGAAAGUACAAGAGUGUGUUUCAUAGGACGACUGUGAACAAGGAGAAGACGAGGAUAUCGUGGCCCGUGUUCUUGGAGCCACCGCCGGAGUUUGAAGUUGGGCCUCAUCCGAAAUUGGUCGAUGAGGAAAAUCCGGCAAAAUAUAAGACUAAGAAGUACAGUGAAUAUGCAUAUUGUAAGCUGAACAAGAUUCCACAGUAACUCAAAACACCGCCGCCGCUUCCUUUAAUCGUCUUCGUUUUGUCUGCUCCGGCCGCUGUGUUCUUUGUUCUGCUUACAAUGUCUAUUUAAAUAAUAAUGAAACUUCCCCUUGUUUAUUGAAACUUAUUUUGAGAAUAUAAAACCCAAAAAUAUCUAAAUUAAUCUACAUAUAUAUGGAACAAUAAACAACAAUAUCCCACGAUUAUUUGUUU